AUCGAUUUCGGCAGGGGGUGUCUUAGUUGCAAACUUGAGUCAAUACGCUUUUCUGUUGGAUCAUUGAUCUCCUCAUUUAAUUCUAGCCGUGACGAGUGAGAAUCAAAAAGAUGACUCAAGAUCAUUCAGCUUUAUCCGCAACAGCUGCACCUGUACAGCUAACAAAAGCUGGAAGUUGUGGACCUCUCGUUAAACUUUCCCUCACUGCAGAUGGCCGUGACGAGUUGUGGGAUUUACUGCCACAGCUGUUGGAGGAGAAGGAGAGCGUGAAUGUGUGGAAAAUUCUGCGAAAUUUACUCGCAGAUGUAGACGAGAGCGAGUUGGAGCGACCAAGGAGAAUAUGGCUGUAUUGUAAGGAGAUCGUGGAAGCGAACGCGAACACUGCUUCGGGCUCAUCGAGUAGAAGUCUUUUGACACGGAGGACUAGAGACGCAGACAUCUCCCAGCCAGACAAGGACAAGCAAGACGAGCUUUUCGCCGCCCGUCGAGUCUUGUUGACUUUCGCUACAAAUCUUUUCGUCAAAGCACCGCGAUUGAGGGGUGAGAUCAAGAGUGUUUAUUUCGGCACUGAGGGUGGUAAAGAUCAACAUCAACAUCAAGAUGAGGAGCAUAAGCCCUCUGAUACUUCCCUCUUCCGCCAAUCCCUUUUAUCCUGCGGAGUCUCACAUCCUAACGCCUUCUUCGCUUGGGCUAGCCUCAUCGGGGAAGAGGACCCUGUGUUGUUGUUUCGAGAUGUCCUUCUGCGCCAAAGGAUCGAUAUCGGCAUUGGUUUUGGGGACGAUUGUGAGUAUGUCGCAGACUACUUUGCCGAGAACCCUGAGGUUCUGUUAAAGAUGCUGACGAUUAUCGGGGGAGUCGGAAUCGGAGAGGGGGACGAAUACGAGGUAGUUGUUCCUGCCAAAGUUGCAUCGGAAAGCGAUGAAAGUGAUGCGGAGGAUUUGAUAAGACAUGUGGUGCUGUUGACAUUGCGAAGCAGUGAGGUGACACAGGAGGAUCAACGAGUAUUCACAUUUGGGGAUGCCAUAUUAGAGACAAAGCGUUUCUUGUGGCAGAUUCUGGUCAUUGAUCCUCAGCCCUUUAUUGGAUUGCUCAAAUCGCAAUUCUUUCGAGUCCUGUAUGGAGAGUAUUUUCCUGACGUGGUGUUUGCCUCAUCCGUGAAGAGGACUGGCGUGAAAAAUGAGGGAACAAUUGUAGCGUCUUCGAUUCCAACUAAUCAUGUCCAUUUCGAAGCCCUAGACUUUCUGUGCGCAGUCCUCGCCUACCAAGUCACCAGCAUAGCUAAGCCUGUGCGGGAGAGGCUAUUCGCAGCUGUGUUAAAGGUUCUACGAGAACUGUUGGAGAUUCGCGAUCGCGAUUUGCAUGAAACGUUGGAACAAGGACAGGUGCAAAGCAACAUUACUCAAGAACAAGGAUCAGAAAGUCAACGACAAGCACUGGAGCACGUAGAAGUAGAAGACGAGGAUCAUCCCGCUAUAAUGAGCAAAGAGGAAGUCGCCGCUUCUCUUAACGACGUAGUCCGAAAAAAGGACCGAAAGUACUAUCCAGAGUUCGUGAAGCGGGCACAAGAAUUAAGAUUGCCAGUCUUGAUUCGUCUUGCUGGGUUGUUACUCUUGGAACCUGCUGAUGCGCAGGAUGCGGAGGAGGAGACCCAUAGUCGCUGUUCAUCCAAUUAUCCCGAUGGAGUUGAUCCCCAGACUCGGAUUCACAACAUCCAAGAAGUCGUCGACACCGCAACUUGUGCUGAGAUUUGUGCGCCAAGACCACGUGUGAGUGAUGACGAAGCUGUUCUGAAAGGGAGAUCAGAUGUCAGUGAUGCGGAUUUGACUUUAUUGUUGAAUUUCUGUUACAGUGACCACAACUUGCCAACCCUGAAAGAAACUGCGGUUUUUGCGGUACGAAAUGCGGCUCAUGGCAACCCUGGGAAUCAAGAACGGAUCCGGAAACUGUUGGCGACCACGUCUGAUUCGGGAAACGCGGGAGAGAUUUAUUCUUCGGGACCACAGUGAAGUUGAGGCACGAUGAAAAUAAAGUACGAAUUCCCCAAAUGUUACACUGCAGCCCAGUGCUCCACAGCAACAUUGUAGUGACCCCAUUUUCAUAUCCACUAUAAUUGAGUGUCGUGAAACAACAAUCUCGUCCAUUC